CGCUGGGCCGGGAGAUCCCGGGUCCCCGCGCGCGGAGUGUCGGGGUUUGUUUCAGCUGCUUCCGGUUUCCCGGGAGCCGGCGCCGCUUUCGUGCUUCCGCAAGCCCCCGCGGCCUCAAGCGGGGACGGAAGUUUCGGAGCUGCGGGGCCGGGGCGAGCAUCUUUUCUUCCUCGCAUUCCGGCAGAGGCUUGGUCGCUGCGGGCCGGACCGCAGGGCGCCCCCUAUGGCGGCUGAGCGGGUGGAGGUGGACGGCGGGAUCAUGGAAGGGGGCGGCCAGAUCCUGAGGGUGUCUACAGCCCUGAGCUGUCUCCUGGGCCUCCCUUUGCGGGUACAGAAGAUCCGAGCCGGCCGCAGCACGCCUGGCCUGAGGCCUCAACAUUUAUCUGGACUGGAAAUGAUUCGAGAUUUGUGUGAUGGGCAAUUGGAGGGGGCAGAAAUCGGCUCCACAGAAAUAAUGUUUACACCGGAGAAGAUUAAAGGUGGAAUCCACACAGCAGAUACCAAGACAGCAGGGAGUGUAUGCCUCUUGAUGCAGGUCUCAAUGCCCUGUGUUCUCUUUGCUGCUUCUCCAUCAGAGCUUCGUUUAAAAGGUGGAACGAAUGCUGAAAUGGCACCACAGAUUGAUUACACAGCUAUGGUUUUCAAGCCAAUUGUGGAAAAAUUUGGUUUCAAAUUUAAUUGUGAUAUUAAAAUGAGGGGCUACUACCCAAAAGGGGGUGGUGAAGUGAUUGUCCGAAUGUCACCAGUUAAACAGUUGAAUCCAAUAAAUUUAACUGACCGUGGCUCUGUGACUAAGAUAUAUGGAAGAGCUUUUGUUGCUGGUGUUUUGCCAUUUAAAGUAGCAAAAGAUAUGGCAGCGGCUGCUGUAAGAUGCAUCAGAAAGGAGAUUAGGGAUCUUUAUGUUAACAUCCAGCCUGUUCAGGAACCUAAAGACCAAGCCUUUGGCAAUGGAAAUGGAAUAAUCAUUAUUGCUGAGACAUCCACUGGCUGUUUGUUUGCUGGAUCAUCACUUGGUAAACGAGGUGUAAAUGCAGACAAGGUUGGAAUUGAAGCUGCUGAAAUGCUCUUAGCAAAUCUCAGACACGGGGGCGCUGUGGAUGAGUAUCUGCAGGACCAGCUGAUCAUUUUCAUGGCAUUAGCCUGUGGAGUUUCCAGAAUAAAAACAGGACCAGUUACACUCCAUACACAAACGGCUAUACAUUUUGCUGAACAACUAGCAAAGGCUAAAUUCUCUGUGAAGAAAUCAGAAGAUGAAGAAGAUGCAUCUAAAGACACUUAUAUUAUUGAAUGCCAAGGAAUUGGAAUGACAAAUCCGUAUCUGUAGGGUAUUUGCCUUUUAAAUAAUACCUCAGUGAUGUAUUGCACUAAUCCAUAAAUACUAGAAAACAAUGAAUAAGAAGUAACUUAUUAAAGAAUCUGACAUAAGCAUGGAGAUGAAGUACAGAGUGUUGUAGAUUUGCUGAGAAUUCUUCAUCAAAUUAAUCUUACUUUGACUAUCUCCUGAGAUAAGGACAAGGAAAUAAAAGAGCUGAUGGAUGUGUAUGAUAGCUGAUUUCAGUAUUAAAGUGUUGAAAUAGAACAUUCA